GCUCUACUGCCUUCGAAAGGGUUGGUCUCGGAUAAUACCAUCAGAACCUACAACUACCGUACUUACUAAAACACACUAGGUUUUUAUGACCCGCCGGGACGUCCUUACAUGCGCCCAUGAGCCAUUUGGUGAUAGCUAUUACUACGGUCCUGAGAGACUUGGCGAGCGCUAUGCCAACGAUGAGGCCGCUAGGGAAAGUAGUGGCUUUUCUAAGACCACAUAUCGUGAUGUCUUAGACCGGCUGGAAAAAGACGGCAGCGAGGUUCGAAAUCUCCUGAUAUCCCAAUGCCCCUGAUCCCCUUUCUAUGCUUGAAACUCCUCGUCGUGAUCAUUCUCUUCAUGUUGGUUCUAUCCCCCAUCGCAAGUGCAUAGUAGGAUCAGCCACAUCUGCAAGAAUCAAGUUUAGGGAGGAUAUUAUAAUGCCGAGGUAACAGAAAUGGAGGCGCCACCAAAAGAUAGGCCCUAGGUUCUCUAGGUUCUCAAGCUCACUGGCGUGUCCCAAGAACAAUAUUGUGAUAUACAAGGGGUAACCAACCGUAUAACUUAAUAUCUUGGCCUCUUAGAUAUUUAUCCUUCAAGACUACACCCUUUUCAUUCAAUUUUAUACGCUCAAAUGCCGAUAUUCUAGCCUCGCUAGUUCUGAGCCUCAUCAUGCGCCGAGUACUUACUUUAUCAUGCAGGGCAAGCGUGUCUUCAUCAAAGACAUGGCUUACUACUUGAUGCCUCCAAACUCGCAACCUGCGGUAAUCCCCAAAUCCCUGCGCAAGGGAGAGAGAGAUAAUUACUCUGAAAAGGGAAAUCCAACAGUGCUGCCCCUCGAUAUCCUGAGGAACUUUCACUGGACAUUCCUUAUCCGGCAUCCGCGACGAGCAAUUCCUUCGUAUUUCCGAUGUUGUGUGCCCCCGCUAGACGAGGUCACCGGCUUCAAGGAAUUCCUCCCUAGCGAAGCAGGUUACGUGGAGCUCCGCCGGCUGUUUGACUAUUUGCGGGAGCAGAAAAUAGUUGGCCCGACGCUAGCUGGCGAAUCGAACGGGGACAAGGCCGAUGGUGGAGUCACCAUCACCGUUAUCGACGCCGAUGAUCUUCUUGACCAUCCGAAUCCCGUCGUUAAGGCGUUCUGCAAAGAGACCGGGAUCGAAUUCACCCCGGAGAUGCUUACUUGGGAGGACGCUGAAAACCAGGACUACGUCUCGGAAGCUUUUGCUAAGUGGAACGGUUUCCACAACGAUGCUAUUCACAGCAAGAGUCUCACAGCCAGGACUCAAGCCCACAAAACUGUCACCGAGGAAUCUGAGAAUGAGGAAUGGCGACAGAAAUAUGGCAAAGAGGCCCAGGAGAAAAUCAGAGCCUGUGUGGAUGAGAAUAUUCCACACUACGAUUAUCUCAAGACCUUCGCCAUGAAGUUUUAAGAUUGCCGGCGAGUCUAUAUACAUACCUACCUCUAGAUAGUACACUUUGAAUA